AUGAUGAACAAAAGCCUUGAUGAAGCUGAAGAGAUAAUAGAAAAUGUGGCAUUAAACCACCAUCAGUGGGCAUUUGAAAGAUCUAGCGGUGCUUUCUCAGGAAAUCAGAUGAAGGCGUCAGGAAAAUUCGAGGUGGAUGCAUUCACACUCAUGUCUGCGAAGCUGGACGCCCUGACUAAGAAAUUUGAAGCCAUGGGUAGCAACACAGCUAAUGCAAUAGUCUGUGCUUGCGACAUCUGCGAAAGUGCGGACCACGCUCAAGAUACUUGCCCCCUUGGGCCAAUGCAGGCACAGAUAAACCAGCUUGAGCAAUGCGAUGCAAUAACAGGCUACAAUCAAAGGAAAAAUAAUCCGUACUCUAACACAUACAACCCUGGAUGGAGGAACCACCCCAACUUUUCAUACCGAAAUAAUCAGGACCAAGGGCCUGCACAUCAGACCUACCAACCUGGACAGCAGACUCAUCAACAGCAGCAAUCUACACAGCUGUCUAGGAAUGAAAAGAUGCUUGAGGAAGCUCUCUCGGAGCAAAAGGAGAUGAGGAGCGAGAUUAAACAACUGACUCAAAGGCUGGAGAACUUAGAAAAACACCAGAAGAUGCAAGACAGCCAGAUAGCUCAGUCCGUCUCAAGAGCACAGCGUACAUUCCCAGGGAAACCAGAUUUAAAUCCGGUGGAACAUUGCAAUCGCAUUGAGCUACGGAGCGGAUGUACUGUGGGAAACCCUCAAAUCAUCACUCAGAUGGAGCUUGACUCAGAAAAGGAACUCACUCUCCUAAUGCCCAAUCAGACCCAAAACAGGGAUGGAGAAGGGGGUACUAAAAAGAUUGGAGAAGCUUGUCAGACUACCCCACAGAAUCAGAUGAUCCCGUUUCCUCAGAAGCUUAUAGCAUCCCAAAAGGAUGAAGAGUUUCACCGGUUUCUGAAAAAGGUUAAAGAGAUUUGUGUUGAGAUCCAGGAAGUUUCUCCAUACCGUGCAAAAUUAGCUCUGAACUCAUACCGAGAGCCUUCUGCGAUUUGGGAGCUAGUGUCAGCCUACUCCCGUACUCUCUGUGCAAGAAGUUGGGACUCCAGAGCAUUAAACUGA